AUGACUCAUUGGGAUGCAUUGAUAGGAAAACCCGCAUGGUUUGGUUUAGGAAGUAGGAUUAUCAUAACUAGUAGAAACAGGGAUAUUGUCAAUGCUCCUGAGUUUUAUUAUCCAUAUGAGCUUAUGAGCAUGAACUUCAAUCAAUCUCUUCAACUUUUUUGCAAACAUGCUUUUGGAAGAGAUUACCCUUUGGAUGACUAUGUUGCUUUCUCCACAGAAGUGGUUAAAAGUACAGGAGGUCUUCCUCUUGCUCUUGAAGCUAUAGGUAAAUUACUUCAGCGUAGUAGCAAAGGUUGGGAUGCAAUAUUGAGGAAGCUGAAACAAGUUCCUCUCUGUGAAGUGAAACAAAAGUUGAAAAUAAGUUACGAUGCCUUAGAUGAUUGUCAAAAGCAUAUCUUUCUUGAAAUAGCUUGUCUUUUCACUGGAUUUGAUCAAAGGAUGAUGCUCCACUCGUGGAAAGAAUCCAAUCUCUUCCCGGAGGAAGGCCUCGAGGUCCUUCAAAGGAUGUCUUUGAUAAAAAUCGGGGAAGACAACAAGCUAUGGAUGCAUGAUCAGUUAAAAGGCCUUGGUAGAGACAUUGUUCGUCAAGAAUGUGGGAACACAAAAAAAUUGAAGCUCUUCGCCGAAAAUUUGAUCCUCAGUUGCUCUACAAUUUUGCAAAUGAAGAAGUUGAGAGGCUAUGUAAUCUACGACACCCUGAAGUGA